UUUGAGACUUCAGGGCUGAUGGUGGCGCAGCAGAAUUUAAAAUGUCGGACUGGGAGGACGAGUACGACGAGUGCGGUGUCGCCAUUGAGAAACCUGCCCCUAACCUCUCUGCGACUAACAGCACAUUAUUGGGAAAAGAUAGCCAAGGACAUGGAAGUGUUUAUUCCGGUAUAAAAACUCAAACCUGGUUUAGAGAACCGAGCGAGGCGAGAGUUGAGUCCCGCCGAGAUGCGUUCGAGUUCAGGAGCCGAAGAGGUGAAACAGACCGCGGCGAGGGGCCUGAAGACCGGCGGAGAGGGAGCGAAGUGUCCGACGGAUCCCAACCUCUUACUUUCAAAGUGGAAAAUAUGUCCAUUGGAAGGAUAAUUGGUCGCGGCGGGGCUAAAAUACGUGAACUUGAAGAGAGCAGCGGUGCUCGGAUCAAGAUUACGAGGGGAGACUAUGAUGGAGACGUGGCCAUCUCUGGUUCGUCCGCUGCUCAGGAAAAGGCCAGAGAACUGAUUGAAGACCUGAUUUUAGGCAUCUCUUCUCAGUUUAGUUACGCUCCAGCUAGAGGUCUGUACAGUGAUGUGGAAAUGUUCGAAGGAAGAUCGGUUACAGGGAUUAACAGGAACAACUCCGCCUGGUCGAAGGAGGCGCCGCAGGCUGCAAGUGACGGCCCGGCCUCUUCAGUCAUCGACUGGAACGACAUCCGACAAAACAGGAAAAAAUUCGAGGAGCUGAAGUGGAAAGAACUCCCACCACUGAAGAAGAACUUUUACACAGAAGCAGUGAGUGUGUCAAUGCUCACACCUGACGAAGUCGCUGCGUGGAGGAAGGAAAAUAACAAUAUAUUUGUAGAUGACAUAAAGGAGGAGGGAGAGAAGCGACCCAUUCCUAAUCCCUGUCGCACGUUUCUGGAGGCGUUCCAACCUUAUCCAGAGAUUAUGGAAAAUAUUGAGCGUGUUGGUUUUGUCAAGCCAACCCCCAUCCAGUCUCAGGCCUGGCCGGUGCUGCUCAUCGGGGAGGACCUGAUAGCGAUUGCUCAGACAGGAACAGGGAAAACUCUGGCCUACCUGCUGCCAGGCUUCAUUCAUAUGGACGGACAACCUGUACUCAGAGCUGAAAGGGGGGGCCCGGGCAUGUUGGUGCUGACCCCUACCAGAGAACUUGCUCUACAGAUUGAAGCAGAGUGCAGCAAGUACAGCUUCAAAGGAUACAAAAGCAUCUGUGUCUACGGAGGGGGAGACAGAAGAGGACAGAUCAACCUGGUGAAGAGCGGCGUGGACAUCGUGAUCGCUACACCUGGCCGACUCAAUGACUUGCAGAUGAACAAUCUCAUCAAUCUACACUCCAUCACCUACUUGGUGCUGGACGAGGCCGACCGCAUGCUCGAUAUGGGCUUCGAACCGCAGAUUCUGAAGAUUCUGCUGGACAUCCGCCCAGACCGGCAGACUGUCAUGACCAGUGCCACCUGGCCCACAGGUGUAAGAAGAUUGGCUAAAUCCUAUUUAAAGAAUCCCAUGAUGGUUUAUGUGGGAACUCUGGACUUGGCUGCAGUUAACACAGUGCAGCAGACCCUAGAAAUUGUUAAGGAGGAGGAGAAAAAGAUGUUUGUUUUUGACUUCAUCAGGAACAUGCAACCCCAGGAUAAAGUCUUAAUCUUUGUGGGAAAGAAGAUUACUGCAGAUGACCUGUCGAGUGACAUGUCUCUGCAAGGUAUUGCUGUGCAGUGUCUCCAUGGAGACCGCGAACAAAGCUCCCGGGAAGAGGCUCUCCAGGACUUUAAGGACAGUCGGGUUCGCAUACUGGUCGCCACAGAUCUGGCAUCCAGAGGGUUGGAUGUCCAUGACAUCACGCAUGUUUUUAACUAUGACUUCCCAAGAAACAUCGAAGAGUACGUCCAUCGUGUGGGUCGAACAGGCCGAGCAGGACGAUCCGGUGCAGCCAUUACUCUGUUAACUAGAGAUAACUGGAGGAUGGCCUCAGAGCUGAUUUCUAUCCUGGAGAGAGCAGGACAAGACGUCCCAGAAGACUUGGUGCUGAUGGCAGAGAGAUACGAGAAGCACAAGAUAGAGAAAAAGAUGUAUUCUCCAAGAGGACAUGGAUGGGGUGGAAGAGGAGGCGGUGGAUGGAGAGAUGGCAAAGACAGAAGCCAAAACUGGCGGUUCUAAUCUCUGGAGAUCAGGUUGGAAUACAGUCUAAAGCUGGCUGUAGUUUCUUUUGAUUGUACAUAAGUUUUUAUUUUUUUGCUUAGAAUUAAUUUUUAAGAAAAACAUGUUUUGUUUUCCAGGUAGACAUCAUUAUCGUUUUUCAUGGAAGUUUAAAGGUUAACAGAAUGCACUGUUCUUAGUCCAGUGUUUGUUUUUUCUGUCAUCAGCCUUGUUUAUAUAGACUGAAUAUGUGUGGGGGGUUUUGGGGGGAAACGUGUUAAAUAAAUUCUUUGUGAAGAGA